GCAGUCCAUAGACAAAAGAAACGGGUUUGGAAAAACCAGUUGUUUAAACGAAUCGAUUUUUGAACAUCAACGACUAAGCUCUAUUUACUGUUUGUCUAUGAGUUUUCGUAAACAUUCCGCCCGGACAUGUGAAUUUUGUUUGUUUUUAUUUUUUAUUUAUUUCGAAAAAUAUAUUCUUUUGUCUGCAUUUAACUUAAGUAUUGCAAAAUGUCCGGUUAUUUGGACGUUAAGUAUCCUUUUAGAUCAAAUCUGGGCUUGAAUCCUUUUAAGUCUUGGAAGAGGCAGUGGUGUAUCCUGAGGCCUAGUGCAACUAGUUCGGGGGGCUCGUUGGCGGUGUACUGUAACGAGGCUGGAGCGGCCGUGGGCUGUGUGGAAUUACCAUCUGGCUGCGUGGUCCGAAGGGCGAAGUCCCGCUCACGCCCUCACGCUUUCGCUGUGUUCUCUGCCAGGGAACCUAAUAAACCUAUCGUUUUACUUGCCGCCUCCAAUAUUGAAGAUGCUCAAACAUGGAUGGAUAAGAUUAAAAAUUUAUUAAACGAUACGAGAUUAUUAACAUCAAACACACCACUAAAAGAUUCAUACUCAGUAACGGUGGUCGCAACUGACUUAUCACGGAAAUGCGGUCUCCAAGAUUCUGACAGCACGGUCACAUUGUCAGCUCAUGGUAUGCUGAUAACGAGGACCAAUAGUAUUGGUACAUUUGUUGAAUGGAAACACAUGCAAGAAGUCCUGUUGUGCAGUGAAAAUGGACAGAAGAGCGAAUGUCUGGUAUCUGUGAAUAGUAAGUCUCCCCACGGCGGCGGCGAUUUGAAGUUCGCGUCACCCCUAGCGUGCGAGCUGGUGUCCGCGUUACGCGCAGCCCUACACCGCAAGGCGCGGCUCGGCGCCAAGCUCAGCAAGAGCGAGGGCGAUCUGAGGACGGCCAAGUGCAGCGACAGCGACCUGGGGGAGAUCCGUCGCAGCAGCUGGUACAGCGGUCCCUCGGAGGUCUCCUUAGAUGACAUGGAUCUGAUCAUGUCUAAGGACUACAAGUGUAUCCCGUCCGGUCAGCUGUCCCGCUGCAGCGCCGCCGGACACCUGGCGCAGCACGCGCCCCUGGAUCACAGCGCGUGCGACCGGCGCUCCGUCGCGUCGGUGUCGUCCGGCGUGUACGAAGAAAUACCGGAGCCGCCUGCGCUCUACUGCGCCAUGGGCAGGGGACCGCGGGCCGCACCGCUCCUCGACAUGAAGAAGCUGAGCGUGGAUGAGCCCACGUACGAGAGUAUAGCCGAGUGCGGGUACGCGACCCUGCGCCGCGCCCGCGGUCAUCCGCCCCCCCUGCCCCCCAGGUGCUUGAAGACCGGCGAGCCUUGGAGCGCGCGCCCCCAGCUGGUGUCCCGGCACUCCUCGCUGAGCGCGCUGCCGGGCGCCCCGCCGCACACCCUCACGCACACCCUCACCCUGCCGCGCCGAGACAAGCACAAGCAGCCCUUCAGCGUCUUCAGAAAACGACUAAAAAGCGACUCGCGCGUCGCGGGCUCGCCCAAAUCCGAAACUCCCAAAGACAACAAGGACAUUCAGCCCAAAAAGAAACGAUUCGACUUCGCCCCCACCCGGGACAUACUCAAGAGCUUCAAGGUGAGCCGCAAGGUCAAGAGCCAGAAGGCGGCGCCCGGCCUCGGCCACGUCGAGACUAAAAGCUGCGAGUUCUUGGACGAGACCGAGCACGUGGCCACCAGCCGCUGCUCCAAGUCCGUCGAGUGUCUGGAGGGCAACGACGAAUACCUGGACGACUUCGAGGCGGACCUCUCGAUACAGUUCAACGAGAAAGCAAUAGAGGCGCUGUCGCUGCCGCAGGAGAUCGUGGACUUGCUGCUCAGCAUCAAGGAGUGCGAGGUGAGACUGAGGGACGACGAGAGUGAGUACGUCCCCAUGACCCCCGCGGCGCCGGCCCCCGCCAUGGAACAUCACUACAUAGUGAUGUCGCCGAAGUCCAACCUCGCUUGAGGCCGGCCAGCGCGAAUCGACAACCGUUCUAUCGAUAAAGGGCGGUCUAACCAUUAAAAACACAACGCUCUCACGUGAUUCGACGUUCAUUGUUGAAUUUAACUAACAGAAUACUCUCAUUCGAAUCUUUAUCGAUUAAGUUUUCUUGUAUUAAUAAUUUAAGGCGUCUAAAUAUCGAUAGUUUAUUGUAAAACGCUCCCUUCGGAUUCGAUAAGUUUUUUUAUCGAUAGUAUUAUUGUUUCAAACUGAAAUACCAGUAUUUAAAUUGGCUUAUAGAUCUCAAAACAUAAUAAUAAGACUCGUUAUGUAUUGUAUAAGUAAAAUAGCAUAACGUAAACAUUGAUCCAAAAUAUCGAUUGGAUUUUAUAUCAUUGUAAUGUGUGAUCACUUUGAAAAUGUGAAAAUGAAACGUAUCGUCUUCGGCAUAAAGAUGUUUUUCGUUUGAUACUCGGUGAAUAAUACAGUUAAUUGACUACGGCCUAACAUAUCUUAAAAUUUUAAACUGAUAAUUAUUACUGUUCAAUUAUUUUUGAUAAUUAGAGAACAAGUGUAAAAUUAGUAUCAUUAUAUUAGAAUAAUAUUUACCAAACAGGAAAAAUUACAACCGACAUAUUAACAAUAUUUUUUACAGUAAUUUUUUUUUUAAGUAUGUUAUCCGAGGUUUUUAGUGUUUGGCCAUUGUUUUACUGGUGGUAGGACCUCUUAUGAGUCCGCGCGGGUAGGUACCACCACCCUGCCUGUUUCUGUCGUGAAGCAGUAAUGCGUUUCGGUUUGAAGGGCGGGGCAGCCGUUGUACUGUUACAAGUGAGACCUUAGAACUCGUGUCUCAAGGUGGGUGGCGGCAUUUACAUUGUAGAUGUCUAUGGGCUCCGGUAACCACUCAACACCAAGUGGGCCGUCAGCUCGUCCGCACAUCUAAGGAAUAAAAUAAAAAAUAAAUAAAUUGUCUAUCUCUUCAACAUAAUGUAAUAUUUAAUGAAUAUGAAGGAUAAAUAUAUCACGAAUAGCUGAUCACUGCCAAAAAUAGGUUUAAGAGCUCAUAGUCCGGGAGCUAGUUGACGCCGAGCCGAGUGUAAAGGGCGAUUGUCUUCUACCCUCUCAGUUCGUUUUGUUUUGGAAUAUGUUUGUAGCGCGUGUCUAGUCAAGUAGCGGGAGGCGCUGCCGGCUCUCGGCCUACAGCGGGGGAACAAUGUCGUAAGACUGAAAGAAAAGACUAAUGGCGUGUAAAGUAAUGUUAUUAUUUAGAAAUAACUUUGUACGGAACCCUGAAAGUUUUGUGUGAGCUUGUCGUGUACGGAACCUUAAAAGUUUUGUGUGAGCUUGUCCGCGCGCGUGUCUGAAGCUUUGUGUCCGGAUGAUGUCCUUUUUAUUACGAAACUUGAAUUUAAUGAGGCGGCCCGUAAUAAUUGUAUCGUAAUAUAAUGAAGAAACAAUUAAUUUUGAAAUUAAUUAUAAAAAGUAUAACUUCAUUUUGCACUAGCUGCAUUAUAAAAUAUUAGUACGUUGAUAUGAAAUAGAAUUAUUGAGCAAGUAUUAUCUAAAUGUCUUUCUCGAUGGAUGCGGGUUCGACUCGCGAAUGAACCGUCUCUGAAUAAAUAUAUAAUUGAACGUUAACUAAAAUAAUAAUUGCAUUUUAAUUUUUCUAUUUUGUAAUCAGAAACGCGUCGACGAAAUAAUAAUAGUUAUUAUAUAGACAUAUACUGCACUGUAUCAACAGUAUAAUAUUUACGCGGCCCAAAAAUGUUGUAAAAUACAUUUAAUGACUUUAUGACGAUUAGCAAAUGUCAUUAAUUAAGUCAUAAAAUACGAAUUUAUGACGACGAUAUUCACAUUUCGAUUUCGUUUUGUUGCCAUAUGUUGAUACCGCGGUGUUGCAAGCUUUGAAAUAAAUAAGUUGUUUAAUUAUUUAUUUUUAACGAUAUUAAAUUGGCAUCUAUACCAAAAUAACGUAUUCGUGUGACGUAUUAAAAUGUUUGUACUUGUUACAGCUAUAGUUAUUAUAAAUAUUAGAAUAAUAUCUAAGUUGUUCGUAUAGAUAUCGACCUAUUAUAGAUUCGUCGCGUCUAAGACUGACCAAUUUUCGCUGUUUUCCUGUGUUCACGGUUAGGGAUCUGUGUGCUUAGUGCGAGUUUCUUAACGUUCUUGACAACGUAAAAGUUAAGCCAAUUUUGUAUGCAGUUGGAACAGCGCCCCUAGCGGCAAACGUACGCAACCGAUCCCAUUCCAUACACAAAUAUGAGUUAACUUUUACGCUAUCGAGAACGUUAAAAAACUCUCACUAAGCACACUGUUGAUAAUUAUAAUUUAUAAGCUUUAUGAACUUGUACUCUGCGACGCUCGCUCAAGCGAUUUACUUGUUCGUAAAUGUAGGCCAAUAAAAAUGAGGUCGUUCUCAACUGUGGGACGUGACCUUGAGGUUGAGGCAGCAAUACGGCGACCGAAUGAAUCUCUUUUAGUAUCUUUAAAUUAGGGCAUUAUCUUUAUAUAUAUUUACUAUAUUUUUUAUUGUUAAGUAUCGCGCUCAUAUUGCCCCAUAGUUACGUCACAAACGCGGGCAGGGACGAGGGGGGUUGGGGGCGUGCUGAAUAAUCAGGAAUUAGCUUAUAAAAUACAUAUUAUAUUAAUGUCGCGCUCAUAGCUCAGCGGCAGCGGGAACCAAUGACAAGGGUCAAAUUUUGCGGCAUGUUGUGACGUAACGCGUGCGGGGUUGAGGGGGUUGGGGGCUCGCGCUGACCAAUCCGCAAUUAGCUUAUAAAACACAUAUGUUAAUAUAGCUUUAAAUUUUAUUUGUGGUUUAUGAAACGUUCGUUCGACCUUUUUGGGGAUAAUUAGAAUAAUUUAUUACUAAUGAAUAAAUUACAUACGACGUUUAUAUUAUGUAUUACGAUUAUUUUGGUAAAGUUAACAAACACUAAAAGACUAGGCAAUUCACGUGUGUCUCAAAAGACUAAAGAGAAAAAUAGUACAUGUUUUUUUUUAAUUAGUACCUAACUAAAUAUAAUUUUUAGGGUAAAUAAAAAAUGUAUACAACAAUACAUAUCUGUAAAUAAAUGAUUAAUGUUUUUGCUUGUAGUAGGACCAGCGAAAGUAUUGAAAUUCAAUUAAUCAUAGAAACGGGCUAAUUGGUGAUAAACUGAUUUAAAUUUAAAAGAGAAAAAAAAAUAUCACUCAUCACAGAUAUAUAUGAGUAAGACCCACAUCUUACAACCGCGCACUAGGAUCUUCUCCUGUGUUACGGGUGUAACAGAGGAGUGCUUUUCACAAGCACACUGUAGAAUCAUCUGGCUUAUUGACUACAUCAUCAACACGGAAAGCUGUUGUUGGAAUUUCUCAAAAGAAUAGGCAAUUGAUACCACUGACUGAAUUCAGUUAGUAUUUCUGACGUCACAAUUCACUAUAUUGUGAUUUGGUGAUUGUAAGUAUGACACACAUACCCUUUACAUAGGAGUAAUGUGUAAUAAUAAAAUCUAUGUGAUUCGCUGGUACUUUAAGAUACGUUACUUAAGGUUCUUGGUGGGGACUGAAGUGCUCUCUUCGUACAAGGGAGUGUUAGGGUAAGUUUGAACAUUGACGUCAUAGCAUGCUAGUGCGCUCUCUCUCUCUCUCUCUUUCUCUCUCUCUAGCAUGAAAGAAAAAUACCCCCAAUUUCCUCAGCUUUGCAAAUAUUUCUAUAUCAUUAAUGAAACAAUGUUACAAAUAAAUUGUUUUCUAUAAAAAAACUUUUCAAUGCCUUUGUAUUUCAAGGUAUGUUGCGAAGUGGAUUUAACAUUUGCAAAUAAGGUAACCGGCCUAAGGUAAAUGGAAAGAUAGAUAAAAAACGUUAUGUGAAAUUGGUGAAUUUCAUUGUUUGGUUUUUUUUUCGUGACAGUUUCCAUAAUUUGUGCAUUGUGGUUCGCAUAAGGCUGAUUUAGGUAAAUUCGUUGUAAUUAUAAAAUUGAUGUUAAAAGAUUACCGUUACCGAUGUAUGUAUAUGUUUUGUGCAACUGGUGUAAGAGAGCAUAAAUUAACUUCGGCUUUCCAAUGUGACCCUUGACGAUUUAAACUAAAUAAAAUAAAUGCAUAACCUAUAGUAAAGAUUUGACAGUCGUAUGACAGUGACGGUGCUGUUAGCCGAGUUAUUAGCCAAAUAUGGGCGAUCGCCUCAUAUUUAAAGCUUGUAGUGAUAUAAACGUGGCGGCUAGUUGUGGUCGCUUCGAUAAAUCGAUCUUAUGAUAAUUGAUUUAGAGCUCUAAGCUGUUAGGUGUGUUUGUUUGCUUGGGGAUGACGUCAGUGUGCUUAGUGCGCGUUUUUUAACGCUCUCGAUAGCGUAAAAGUUAACUCAAGUGUUGUAUGGAGUUGGAACAGCGUUUGCCGCUAGAAUUAAAAAAAAAAACUCGCAAUAAGCACUGAGUUCGUGUAGCACUGAAGAUAACGUCGUUUUGUUGACAUAAUCAAUUUUGAAUCUCAUUAAUCAAUAAAAAAGUAUGACGCUACCUUCAGACUGAGCUCAAAGCGAAAUUCUAUAUUCACGUUUAAAAGGGCUAAUGCGCAGUAGUUUCGCUUAAAAAUUUCUCACAUUUUUUUUGUUUUGUACUUAAAAAAAACUCAUAUCAAAUUAUAUGUAACGUUCCUAAUUUUCUUUUUUCAUCACAAUAUGUUACCAUAUAAUAUUAGAAGAUAGUUUUGUUUAGUUUAAAUUUAAUAAAGUGUUAGUAGUUAGCGUAAUUAUGUAACGUAAAAGCGAGUGUGUUCCGCGUCGGUCGGGCGCGAUCGGGACACUUCGGCGCCGCUCGGGAGUAUCCGGGAGUGUCCGGGAUUCUCCAGUCAAAACUCCUCGUUGCGUUACGUAUUUACGAUGAGGAGAGAAUAUUUUAAGUUUAUAGUUUUCGGCAGCUCAUUGGAAUUGGAAAAGACUUUUAUUUAUUGUAGUCAACGAUAGUGACAUUGUGUUUAUUUAUGCAAAUAAAGUUUCGUAUGAAUAUA